AUGCAAAACAACAAAGAUUCCAAUGAAGCAGAAGCAUAUCAAGUUAGAAAGUUGGAGAUAACAGACAAGAGCAAGGGAUUCAUGGAACUUCUACAGCAACUUACAGUGUGUGAUCCUGUAUCAGAUGAAGAAUUCCAAAACCGAUUUGAAGAGCUCAAAUCAUGCGGCGAUGAUCAUGUGAUUUGUGUGAUUGAAGACGCCACGUCAUCAAAGAUCAUUGCAACUGGAAGCGUGUUCAUUGAGAAGAAAUUCAUAAGGGGGUGUGGGAAAGUUGGACAUAUUGAGGACAUUGUGGUUGAUUCGAGUGCAAGAGGGUUGCAAUUAGGGAAGAAAGUGGUUGGUUUUCUUGUGGAUCAUGCUCGUUCUAAUGGUUGUUAUAAGGUGAUUCUUGAUUGUAGUGAUGAUAAUAAGGCUUUUUAUGAGAAAUGUGGAUUUAAAGAGAAAGAAAUUCAAAUGGUGAAGUAUUUCAUUUGA